AUGGCGGAGGACCGUCGCCAGCCGCCGCCGCCGCCGCAUCACCAUAUCCCGACGACCCAGGACCCUCUGAGCUCUGUCCGGCUGCAGCAUUUCAACUAUCUCUCGCCCGCUGCCAGUGCCGGCCCCCAGGCUUCUUCCCAGCAGCAGCCGUCGCAGCAUUUCCAGUCUUCUGUGGCUCCGGCUCCUGAACGGCGCCAUUAUUCUUUCGACACAGACACGGAGUCUCAGCGCUAUCCGCUUGGACCUGUGCCUCCCGUGGACUAUGAUCAGACCGAGGGUCUCGGUGGUGUGUCAGUGAGCUCGUACGACAGCAUUGACGACGACCGGAUUGAUCCUGCCGUGCGUGGGUAUCCUUAUCACGGUGAAAAGCCAAUCAACUACCAUGCACCCGACCACGGGAUUUCAUACAUGACAUCUUCGCUCUACCCAUCCAAUUCCUCGUAUCCUGUCGAGGAUGCGGCGGGCGGCGGGUAUGCACGUGGAGACCGCACACCAUCCGACAUAUCAUCAUCCAUUUCUCCACCCAACGGCCAAAUCGGCAACAACAAGUACAGCACCAUCCCGCCGGGCGAGCGACUGGCUCGUGCCCUAAGCAUCGAGGAACAGUCCCGCCUGGCCGUGGAAGAGGACAAACGCCGCCGGAACACAGCCGCCAGUGCCCGAUUCCGCGUCAAAAAGAAACAGCGCGAACAGGCUCUGGAGCGUGCGGUGCGAGAAGCCACUGAGGUCAAAUCCUCGCUAGAAGCUAGAGUGACACAGCUGGAAAUGGAGAAUCGGUGGCUGAAGAAUCUGCUGACAGAGAAAAAUGAAAACCUCUUAUCUCGCUUGGCGGCUUUGCAACCUUCGUCGUCAUCCGAAGGGAGUGGUGACAAGUCGGACGAUCAUCCUCAUCCUCAUCCUUCCCCUUCCCUUCUUCCUCCCCUGGCUUCUGCGUCUAGCACUUCGUUGACUGCUGAGCAGCAGCAGCAGCAGCAGCAACAACUUCCAAAGAAGUCAGAUUCGUCCAAUGCCACGGCACAAAAACCGAUUAAGCCGAAACUUGCCGUUGGCGUCGGGACUGAUGAUAAGAAGUGA